CUUAGAUUCUUGAAUGGUGAAUACACUGUGGAGGUGGCCAUUAAUGACUAUCUGGAUAUAUACUGUCCACACUAUGAGGAACAUCUUCCUCAAGAGCGCAUGGAACGCUACAUCCUUUUCAUGGUCAACUAUGAUGGCUAUACCACCUGCAACCACCACAUGAAAGGAUUUAAACGCUGGGAAUGCAACCGCCCAAUAAGUCCAAAUGGGCCCCUCAAGUUCUCAGAGAAGUUCCAGCUGUUCACACCCUUCUCUUUGGGCUUUGAGUUCCGUCCAGGCCAUGAAUACUACUACAUCUCCUCUCCACACCCCAACCUUGGUGGAAAGCCAUGUUUGAAAUUAAAGGUGUAUGUCAAGCCUACAAAUGACUCUUUAUACGAGUCUCCAGAGCCGUUUCUGACAGAUGACUCCAGUGGUGGUUGGAUAUUAAUGCCCAGUCUGUGGCUCAUGCUCCCACUGCUUUUACAUCUGUGUUCCUCAUAGCAUUAUAAUCCUCUCAACCUGACUGUGCCCAACCAGCCUGCCCCAUACAUCAUACAACACUAUGAUAUGUCCUGCACUAUGAGUUAUGGAGUCCAGCCAACAGACAGCCAACUUCUCACCAGAUCCUUGCAUAUCUAUGUGGAUUUUUACCCAGAUUGCAACCCUGCAGGACAUCUGUUAACUAGCCCUAAUUUUAAAGCCAUUAUAUCCCAUCUAAAUGUCCAAAUACGGGCAUUCUUACAUAGCAAUCUUUCUUAAAUGACACAAGGUACAUGAAGCGGGCAGCAUUUUUUAACGUGUUCUAUUGUCCACCUCUAUUCCACCAUCAUUCAUGUGUUAGGAGACAGAUGUAAAUGACUACCAUGUUAAUAAUACUGUUUGUCUACCUUAAGCAACUUCCAGAGACUUUACUGUCAUAUGAGUUCAGUUUUCACUUUUGUGAAAUGGUACAAAAAAAGUAUAUGAGUGUCUCUUCUAACGUUUGUAUGUUUUUUUUUUUUGUACUUUUGUGCAUAACCAUGUUUACAUAUGAACAGAUGUUGAAAGCAGUUACAGUUCCUUACAAAGUGAUUGUAAUCGUGUUCCAUUGCGCAAUCGAAAAAGCAUACAGUUCAGUCUGUGAAUCUGCCAAAGACACUACUCAUUUUUAAAGGGGGAGUGGAGAAUUAUUUGCUUUCAGUCAUAGAACAUUUAAAGCUUUUAGAUUCAUUUAAUUCAUGAGUAAGUUAUUAUAAUUAUAAUUCCAUCAUAUAAAAAAAUAAUACAACUGAAAACAAAGAAUAAAAGAUAAUAAAGCGGUGUUAAUUAAACUAAUUACUGCAGUAAAAAUCAAAGUAAGUUUUUCAGUGGUGCUGAAUCUGGAACAAGUUUGUAUGUUUCAAACUGCAAAAAAAAAAAAAAA